AUGGGCACACAGGGACACAGGGGCACCCCACCAAGCCAACAGCAGCGUCCCUGCCCCGUUGUCCCCACGGUGACGUUCUGGAACGCGUCCCGGCACCGCGGUGGCGGCGCCUCGGUGACACCACCUCCACGGUGGCCUGGGGACACGGCCAUGCUGCGGCUGCUGGUGGCCAGCGCCCACAUCCCCGGGGCCACCGGCUCCGGGCCCGGCGUCCACGUGUCUGCCCGCUUCAGAGGUACCGCUGGGUUUGAGGAGGGGGGACACACACACACCACGGUGGCCGUCCCCAGGAGCACAGUCCCACCUGGAACGAGGGACCUGGGUGCCACCACGGUGUCACUGGACCGGUUGGUGGCCGACCCCGGGCUGCCACUGUCCCUCAGUCAAGUCCCGCUGCUGGACCCCAAGGGACAGCCCACGGGGUGCACCGUCACCCUCCGCUGCUCCUACGUCCCCCGUGGCACAGCUGGGGACACCGUGGUCCCCCUGCAAGUGCCACCACCGGCAGUGUCACCGGGGUCACCCCCCCGUGUCGACAAGACCCCGGCGGGGAGGAAAGAGGAUUUCCAGGUACGGGUGAGGGUCAUCAAGGGCCACCAGCUCCAGGGCAAUGACAUCAAACCAGUGGUGACAGUCCUCAUCGGCCAGCACCGCUUCAGGACCAGGAUCCGAGUGGGGAACAACCCCUACUACAACGAGGUGUUUUCCCAACAUUUCCACCGGACGCCUGCCCAGUUGGCUCCAGAGCCCAUCCUCAUCCAGGCUCUGGACUCGCGGGCCACCCGUGCCAAAGCCAUCAUCGGCGUCUUCCAGCUGGACGUCGGCACCGUCUACCGGGCGCCGGGACACAGCUUGAGCUGGAAGUGGCUGAGCCUGCGGCACCCUGAUCGCCCUGACGCCGGGUCCCAGGGGUACCUCCGUGUCAGCCUGGCCGUCCUCCGCGCCGGCGAGCCGGUGACGGAGCCGGAGGAGCCGGCGGGGGACGAGGACGUGGAGGCCAACCUGCUGCAGCCGCCACCGUGCGCCGCCACGCUCCGGCUCCGCGUCUACCGCGCCGAGGACCUGCCGCAGGCAGAGCCGGCUCGGCAAUACCUCCCCUCGGUGUUACCGGCCGGCGGCAAGAGGGGCUUCGUGGCGGCGGCGGUGCGGGUCAGCUUUGCCGGCAGGACGCUCUGCACCCGGGUGAUGCCCCCCGACGCCAACCCGACGUGGAACGAGGUUUUCUUCUUCCCCCUGCGGCUGCCCCCCAUCUGUGAUGAGAUCCAACUGGCCAUCCUCAGCGGGUCCCGCAGCAGCAAGGUCCUGGGCACUGCCACCCUCCACCUCUCCCAAAUCUCCUCCGCCGGUGCUGAGCUUGAGGAGGGGACUCCUGGCUUCUUACCCUGCUUCGGACCCAGCUUCCUCCCCUUCUACAGUCCCCGGCCGGAUUCUACCAAGACACCCAGCACCGACACCGGCGUGGCUUAUCAGGGCCGGGUGCUGCUGGAGCUCAGCACCCACAUGGGGACCCCGGAUGGGCGCCAGCAAGACACCAUCGCCCCCGAGGACAUCAUCUCGGUGCAGCGCCACUUGCCCCGCCGCCGCUUCGGGCUGUGCGGGGUCUUUUAUUCGGCCACCAUGGUGCCAGCCGGCCCCGAGCUCCUGCGCUUCGAGCUCAGCCUCGGCAAUUACGGCGACACGAGCGAUGUCACCUGCAAGCCGGCCGCCUCCGUCACCCCGCACGGCUGUCCCCUCUUUGAUGGCAACCGCUAUCACUACCUGCCGUGGUACGGGGACAAGCCGGUGGUGGCUGUCACCUCAUCUUGGGAGGACGCCGGUCACCGUUGGGAUGCCCUGAACCUCCUGCGUGCCACGUGCCGGCGGUUGGAGAGGAAUGUGGCGGAGCUGCGGGGCGCCCGGGGGGACACCCGGGGGGACGUCGGCAGGAGGCUGCUGCGGCAGCUGGGCCAGGACUGCGGGCGGGCGCUGCCCCGUCUGGAGGCGCAGCCCACCCCCACGCCGCUGGACGCCCACCUCCGGGCCGCCCGUCUUCACCUCCUGCGGCGCGUGGCCGCGGCGGCGGCGAUGCCACCGAGAGCCGGCUGGGACGCGUUGCUGCCGGUGGCCGAGGGCUGGCUGGGACGUGUGGCCGCUCUGGCUGUCGAGCCGCAGGCCGGCGUGCCCGACGUGCUGCUGUGGCUGCUGCGGGGGGAGCAGCGGGUGGCCUGUGCCCGUGUCCCCGCGUCCGACGUCAUGUUCUCCCAGAGCGGCCCCGGCGCCUGCGGCAGGCUCUGCGGACGGAUCCAGACCCUCUUCCUGAUGGGCUCUGGGGACAUCCGUGCCCAGCUCCGGCUCCGGCUGUGGCUGGGACGGGUGACCGACAGCGGGGACCUGCCACGGCACCUCGAGGGCACCCUACGCAUCUACGCCGAGACGUAUGAAAACCAGACCAAGCUGUUGGGCAAAUGGGGUCCCCGGGGGCUGCUGGGGCGCCCCGGUUUCUCCGACAGCGCCGGCAAAGCGGGGCUCCCCCGCCACAGGAUCCAGCCCCCCAAGGGCUGGCGCUGGGAUGGACCCUGGAGAGUGGAGCCCCAGCGGCGGCUGCUGCUGGACACGGAGACCAACGUGGGCGAGGUGCUGGAGGAGGUCUACGAGAAUGAGAGCCGGCGGCUCGGCGGGGAGUGGGGACCCGCCGCCGUGGCCAGCACCGAUGCCAGCGGCGCGGCGGUGCCACCCAAGGAGGAGGUGGCGUGUCCCCAAGGUUGGCACAUCACCGACGGCUGGCGGGUGGACGCGGCAGGGGCCGUGGAUGAGGGCGGUUGGGAGUACGGGGCGAGCGCGGCCCCCGGCAGCCCCCCGCCGGCGUGGCACCCCGCCGAGAAGACGUACCACACGCACCGGCGCCGGCGCUGGCUGCGCACCCGCCGCAAGGACCCCGGCGCCCCGGGACGGGAGCAGGAUGUGGCCACCUUCCUCCAGCUGCACAGCCCCGAGGUGGCAGCGGGGGACGAAGCCUGGGAGUACGGGUCCCUCUGGGGCUGCCGCUUCCACCUCCAGCCCCAGGCGGGUGACGUGUGUCGGCGACGCUGCUGGCACCGGGACAUAGUGCCCGUGCAGCCCCCACCCGUGGCACCCCUCUUCCUCCUGGAGGGCUCCCCGGGCACGGAGGAACCGGCCGAGAAGGACGAGCCGGCUGUGGCGGAGCGGCGAGAGCGGGGCUCAUCCCGGACCCCCCCGCAGCAGCCCGUGCCCUUCAUCCUCUGCACCUUCCAGCAGCCCAACUUCUUCCAGCUCCGCUGCUACAUCUUCCAGGCGCUGGAGCUGACCCCCCGCGGCACCAAGGGCACCGCAGACCCCGUCGCCCACGUCUCCUUCGCCUACGUCAGCCAGAGCACCCGGGUGCUGCCCGGCACCCUGGACCCUCUCUGGGACCAGACGCUGCUUUUUCACCGGGUGCUGCUGUACGGGGACCCCCGGGGUGUCCGGGAUGAACCCCCCGCCGUGGUGGUGGAGAUCUUCGACCAAGACGGAGGGGUACGGCACCCCUGGGUGGGGGGGAGCACCCAUAGCCCAAGCAAUGCCUUGCAGGGUGCCGGUGGUUUCCUGGGGAGGUGUGUGUGCCCCCCAGAUGUUUGGCUGGACGUUGGGCACCGGCAGCCCCCCCGGCUUCAGCGUUACCCUCUGGGGGGGCCGGGGGGGCCGGCCGGGGAGCUGCUGGCUGCCUUUGAGCUGCUGCACGACGCCGAGGAUGGGUCCCUGGCGCAGGUCAGCACCCCGCCAUGGAGGCAGGGGGUCUUCAGCGUCCCCCUGGGAAUCCGGCCACUCCUGAGGCUGGUGGCACUGGAGGUGCUGGCGUGGGGGCUGCGGGGGCUGCGCGGCAGCGUGCGGGCGCCCAGCCUGGAGGUGCAGUGCGGGGGCCAGACCCUGCGGACCCCCACCAUCACUGACCUCGCCACCAACCCCAAUUUCCCCAUCAAUGCCUUCCUGCUGAUGCUGUGGUACCCCCUGCCCCAUCCUCACCCCAUCCCCGACACUCCCUGCCCCAUGCCCACCUCCAGGAUGAUUUAUUUGCCCCUCUCCCCCCCAGCAGCCACUCCCUGGGGCAGGAUAGCUCAAAGACUACCCAGGAUCACCGCCGAGAAGCGGGCUGCGGACAAGACUGUGGAGAAGGAGGAGGAUGAAGAUGAGGAGGAGGAUGACUGGUGGAGCAAAUUCUACGCGGCCAUGGGGGACAAGGCAAAGAGCCGCCGGGGGACUAACAGGGACAGGCUGAAGAUCUACAGUUGCGAGCUGGAGGCCGUGCCCGAAUUCCAGGGGCUGCAGGAUUUCUGCCAGACCUUCCCGCUCUACCAGCCGGGGGGUCACCCUGCGGCGGGGGACGACCCGGUGCCGGUGGGUGAGUUCAAGGGGCUUUUCCGGAUCUACCCCCUGCCCGAGGACCCCGGGGUGCCCCCGCCGCCACGCCACUUCCAGGAGCUGCCCCCCAGCCAGCCCCAAAAGUGCCUGGUGAGGGUCUACGUCGUCCGAGCCUUCGACCUGCCCCCCCGUGACAGGAACGGGCUGUGUGACCCCUACAUCCGCGUCUCGCUGGGGACAAAGACGCUGGGCCAGCGGGACCAGUACGUGCCCAACACCCUGGAGCCUGUUUUUGGCAGGCUGUUCGAGGUGACGGGCACCAUCCCGCUGGAGAAGGACCUGCGGGUCUCACUGCUGGACUACGACCUGCUGCCACCCGACCAGGACAUCGGCACCACCACCAUCGACCUGGAGAACCGCCUGCUCUCCCGCUUCCGCGCCCACUGCGGGCUGCCUGCCUUCUACUGCACCACCGGCCCCGGGUGCUGGAGGGACCAGCUGUCCCCGAGCCGGGCCCUGGAGCACUUCGCCCGCACCCGGGGGCUGCCAGCCCCCCACUUCAGCGCUGAGGGCACCGCCGUCACCUUUGGGGACCAAACCUUCCUCCUCAGCCACUUUGAGAGCAGCCCCCACCCACGCCGGCACCCCGGGGCUCCCCGCGAGCGCCUGGCCCUGCACGUCCUCCACGCCUGUCACCUCGUCCCCCAGCACCUCGAGACCCGCACCCUCUACAACAGCACCCAGCCCGGGCUGGAGCAGGGCAAGGUGCAGAUGUGGGUGGACAUCUUCCCCGCCAGCCUCGGGCCCCCCGGGCCCCCCGUCGACAUCACCCCCCGCAAGCCCCAGAGGUACGAGCUACGCUGCGUGGUCUGGAACACGCGGGACGUGGACUUGGGGGACGUCAACCUUUUGGGGCAGCGGAUGAGUGACAUCUAUGUCAUGGGGUGGCUGGAUGGACUGGAGGAGCAGAGGCAGAAGACGGACGUGCAUUACCGCUCGCUGCAGGGGGACGGGGCGUUCAACUGGCGUUUCGUCUUCUCCUUCGAGUACCUGGCAGCCGAGCAGCUCUGUGUCCUGCCACGGAAGGAGCAUUUCUGGAGCCUGGAUGAGACGGUGCUGAAGGUGCCCCCCAAGCUCAUCCUCCAAGUGUGGGACAAUGACAAGUUUUCAGCUGAUGAUUUUCUGGGUGUCCUGGAGCUGGAGCUCACCAAGCUGCCGCAGCCAGCCCAGCACCCCCAGAACUGCACCUCAAAACCCCAGCGGACCCCCCAAAGCCCCUGGCCUCGGCGGGGGGCGCGGGUCCCCUCCCGGCUCUCGCUUUUCCGGCAGAGACGGGCGAGGGGGUGGUGGCCCUGCACGGUGCAGGAGGGCGGCAAGCGGCGCCUCUCGGGUAAGCUGGAGCUGAGCCUGGAGCUGCUGACAGCAAAGGAGGCGGAAGAGCGACCGGUGGGGAAAGGCCGGGAGGAUCCCAACAUGUACCCGACGCUCCCGGCACCCCUGAGGCCAGAGUGGUCGUUCCUGUGGCUGCAGGCGCCGCUGCGCAGCCUGCGCUUCGGGCUGUGGCAGCAGUACCGCGGGCGGCUCAGCCUGGCGCUGGCGCUGCUGCUGCUCCUGGGUCUGCUCUUCGCCUUCGUCUACUCCACCCCGGGUUAUUUGGCCAUGAAGCUGGUUAACCCCCUCGAGAGCUUCCACCUGCGCCAGGGCAAGCCCUGA